UUAGGGCACUGGGAUGAAAAGGCCGAGGAGCGCCUUGGAUGAUCUUCCGGACGAGAUUCAGCACAGCGAGCUGCUCUUCUUGGUCGACCGGAUGAGGAUCACUGAGAGGCGCAACAAUGUGUGCUCCAUGGGCGAUCUUCCCGACGACGUUCUCAUCCGGAUCCUGUCCCUGCUCGCCUCCUCGCGCCAAUUGUAUUGGUGUAGCCUAGUGAGCAAGAGGUGGGCGCAUCUGGCAAGGCUAGUCACGCACUUCAGGUUGGAAUCGUCCGGUGAGCACGAGCAACAGGGUCUCCUUUCCUGGUUUGGCAGCAGCAGCAAUCUCCGCUCCCUGUCUUUGACAGGUUUUUCAAAGCAGCCACGCUCUUGUCUUGACUGGCUACCGGUGAUUGGAAAAACCCUCCACUCCCUUACCAUCAGCGUCAGUGUGGAUGGUUUCUGGUCCAGCAUUCUCGCCUGCCAGCAGCUACGGUGCCUCCAUAUCAACGAUGGUGUCGAGCUUGGCGGCCCUCUCACGACCAAGGCAGCGGCUCCAAUUCUUCCCGCGCUCGUCUACUGCUUCAUACGCACACGCUUGGACGUGGCCACGACGAAGCAGCUCCUCGAGUUGUGCCCCUCGCUCGUCUACUUCCGGCUGACCCAGCUGCUUGUGGAAUCGGCCGGAACGCAUUUGCUCAAGAGUCACAGCCUCGACUCCCUGGUGAUUCGCGCCCACAGGGUCCCCGGCAGGAGCGUUACCAACUUUUCUCUCGCGCUCGACAUGCCCAAGCUCCGGUGGAUGUCUGUCACCGUGGUACCGCGCGUGGAGCUCGCGCCGUCUACGUGCAACGUGGAAUGGGUGAAGCUGCAUGGGCAAGUGCGAAUCAUCCAGGGCUUGGUCAUGUCCAAGCUCAACAGGCUCACGCUCAGCAAUACCUUCCGAGGCAAUGCCCACGUCGAGCGAAUUCUCGAGCCGUUUGUUUGCAGGAGGUCGAGCAUCAGUGGCAUCAAGCAGCUCGACCUGUUUAUGGAUUCGGCCGACUUCGAGCCCAGAUCCGUUAACCUCGCACAGCUCUUGGAGUCGUUCCAUGGCCUUGAGGCGCUUUACAUUGCUCGUCUCACCAUCAAGAGCUUGAGCCUUGCGGGGUGGAGCAGCAGGCACGCGCCACUGCGCGUGCACAUUGACACCUCCUACUCGAACAAGCGGGUGCCGUGCUGGGACAGUGACGAGAUCGAGUUUGUGCAGGAGCUGGUGGUGAGCAGCAGCUGUGUGACGCAGCUCGUAGUAACAGGCAUUGUGUGCAUUGAGGAGCCGCCUGAAUUUCGGCCCCGGGUGCCUCCGGCGAUCGUGGAGCUCGGCACAGCGUUCCCCGGUCGUGUCAAGGUACAUCCCAUCCGCUUUGGCAUGCCGCCGCACUGCGGCAUUGUCUGGCGCUGCAUGAAGCCCAAGCUUGAUUCGGAGGCGCCCUACACUGCAAUCCACCACCGGUGCGCAGGUUUCGACGAGAACGCGGAGGCGUGUGCGUGAACCAGCGCCUCCUGGUCAACGCCAGCGUUGGCAAUCUGCCACCGGUCAACGCAUUUGAGAUUAGAGGUGGAGCAUCUACGCGGCGAGCGGGAAGAAGUUUGCGGGCGUGGUUCAGCUGCUGGUGUAUCGAAAUGCCAAGCCAGCAGCCGGGAGAUCGCCCGAUGAGAUCGAAGAUGGAUGGCGUGGGAAUGAAACCUCAUAAGGUGGCCGAGCUGCGAGGAGUGGAGGAGGAGAGAGCCCCGCUACAGUUCCAUCGAAAGUCUUUUGUGGGGAUGCGACGCAUCACAUCCACGCAGAGCUCCAGAUGAUCGAGAGCAAGCGUCGCCCGUCGCAUGUCUUUGGGCGACGCUACAGAGUUUGCGUCCAAGUGGCACAAGCUUAUUGGGAGGCGGAUGACAGAUCGUGAUGGCCCAUAUCAAAGAUCUGUCUAAGUCGAAGUUGAAGGUGGAGUCUUCUUUGAAAACAAUAAACUCUAGCUUGGAACGAGAAUCACAGGUGCUUGCGAGGAAUAAUAAUACAAUUUUUGCUUGUACGAUGUUUUCUUUAAGCUUAAAAAGGUAUUUUCCUCUUAUUGA